AUGAGCGCGGCGCGGAAGAAGCAGAUCGCCGCGGACCGCGCGGAGCGCGAGCAGCGCGAGGAGAACAUUGAGGAGGAGCGCGAGGCGCUCCGGGAGCGCAUGGCCGAGGCCGCGCAGGCGCGGCUCAAGUACCUGCUGUCGCAGAGCGACAUCUUCGGCCACUUCGGGUCCGGCGUCACGGCCGCGGCCAAGGCCGCGAGCCGGGGCCGCGACGGCGGCGCCGCCGCGAGCCCCCGGACGCCCAAGAGCCCGUCGAAGCGCCGCGCGCGCGUCGACUCGGCGGGCGACGACGACGACGACGACGCGGCCGCGCGGCGCGAGUCCGUGUCCGAGACGCGGCUCCUGGCCCAGCCCUCGUGCAUCGCGGGCAAGAUGCGGCCCUACCAGCUCGAGGGCCUCAACUGGAUGAUCCGGCUCCAGGAGCACGGCAUGAACGGCAUCCUCGCGGACGAGAUGGGCUUGGGCAAGACGCUCCAGUCCAUCUCCGUCCUCGGCUGGCUCGCCGAGGCCAAGGGCGUCAAGGGCCCGCACCUCGUGCUCGUGCCCAAGUCGACGCUCGGCAACUGGAUGAACGAGUUCGCGCGCUGGUGCCCGGAGAUGCUCAAGGCCGUCCGCUUCCACGGGUCCAAGCCCGAGCGCGAGGCCUUCGUCCGGGACGUGCUCAAGCCCGGCUGCGCGCCCGGCGAGCGCGACUGGGACGUCUGCGUGACGACCUACGAGGUCGCCAACGCGGAGGCGCGCGCGCUCGAGAAGCUGUCGUGGCGCUUCGUCAUCAUCGACGAGGCGCACCGCAUCAAGAACGAGGCGAGCCUCUUCGCGCGCACGGCCCGGAGCCUCCGCGCCGAGCGGCGCCUCCUCGUCACGGGCACGCCCCUCCAGAACAACCUCCACGAGCUCUGGGCGCUGCUCAACUUCCUGCUGCCGGACGUCUUCGCGUCGAGCGACCAGUUCGACGAGUGGUUCGACCUCGACGUCGAGGACGAGGACGCGAAGAAGACCAUGAUCACGCAGCUCCACAAGCUCCUGCGGCCCUUCGUGCUCCGGCGCCUCAAGGUCGACGUCGAGAAGUCGCUGCCGCCGAAGACGGAGACGAUCCUCUUCACGGGCCUCAGCGUGUCCCAGAAGCAGGUCUACAAGUCGCUCCUCAAGCGCGACGCGUCGCUCCUCGCCGGGCCCGAGGCCGGCGGCGACCGGGCCGGCGCGUCGCGCGCGAAGAUGGCGAACAUCGCCAUGCAGCUCCGCAAGUGCUGCAACCACCCGUACCUCUUCCAGGGCGUCGAGGACCGCAACUUGGACCCCCUCGGCGACCACGUCGUCGCCAACUGCGGCAAGCUCGUGCUCCUCGACAAGCUCCUCGCGAAGCUCAAGGACCGCGGCCACCGCGUCCUCGUCUUCAGCCAGAUGACGGCGCUCCUCGACGUCCUCGAGGACUUCAUGGCCAUGCGCGACUACGAGUACUGCCGCAUCGACGGCAACACGUCCUACGAGGAGCGCGACGACCUCAUCGAGGCCUACAACGCGCCAAACAGCGACAAGUUCGUCUUCCUGCUGUCGACGCGCGCGGGCGGCCUCGGCAUCAACCUGCAGACCGCGGACACGGUCGUGCUCUACGACUCGGACUGGAACCCCCAGGCGGACCUGCAGGCCAUGGACCGGGCCCACCGCAUCGGCCAGAAGAAGCCCGUCCACGUCUACCGCCUCGUGACCGCGAACACGAUCGAGGAGAAGAUCGUCGAGCGCGCGAAGAAGAAGCUCAAGCUCGACGCGAUGGUCGUCCAGCAGGGCCGCCUCAACAACGCGAAGAAGGAGCUCCAGGGCCCGUCCAAGGACGAGAUGCUCGAGGCCGUGACCUUCGGCGCGUCCGCGAUCUUCCGGUCCGGCGACUCGAACGACGUCACGGACGACGACAUCGACGCGAUCAUCGCGCGCGGCGCGGAGCGCACGGCGCUCCUCGACGAGAAGCUCGCCGAGGCGGACCAGGGCGACAUGCUCGACUUCAAGCUCGACGGCGACAGCAACAUGCAGACCUUCGAGGGCGUCGACUACAGCGACAAG